AUGACGGGAUACUCAGGAAUCGCAGCUUCAGGCCACUCAAGAUCCAGGAGUGGAGCUUUUACCCAGACGGCCAGUCAGGAGGUUGGGACACAUGGCUCUGGUGACAACAAUGAUCAGGAACCGCUGGCAAACCCAGCUCAGCCACUGAGUCGAGAGCUACCUGGAUAUUUAGCUCCUCUGCCUUCCGAGUUGGCUUCUUCUGUGUCAAAAGAUCAGACUCACAGGAAGAGGAAGAGGCAGAACGGCAGCCAGCAAGCCCCAGAUGAUGGACAACCAUCCACCUCAUAUAAGAGACCUGCCAAAUGUACUCGCACAGAAGCAUAUGCGAAGGGCCCAUUGCUGGGGCAAGGUGGAUUUGGCUCUGUGUAUGCUGGGACACGCAGGUCUGAUGGACUGCCAGUUGCCAUCAAGUAUGUCACUAAAGAGAGGAUGAACAAGAGGCUGAAAGUUGAAGGCCAGGGUCUGCUGCCGCUGGAGGUCGCACUGAUGACCCUGGUCAAUCCAGAUCCUGCCUGCCCCAAUGUCCUGCAGCUCGUGGAGUGGUUUGACCGUCCCACUGAUUACAUCAUGAUCCUGGAACGACCAGUUCCUUGCCAAGAUCUCCAGAGUUUCUAUGAGGAGAACGGCUGUCUAGAUGAGAGCCUGGCCAAGAAAGUGCUGGUCCAGCUCAUCACUGCGCUGAAACAUUGCGAGAGCCGUGGAGUCUUGCACCGGGACAUCAAGCCACAGAACCUGCUGAUUUCCACAACUUCACAUGACAUCAAGCUGCUGGACUUUGGUUGUGGAGACCUCCUAAAGGACUCGGCCUACACAUCGUUUGCAGGCACUCUUCAGUACGCCCCUCCUGAGUGGUUUCAUCAGCAACGCUAUCAUGCAGGACCGGCUACUGUUUGGUCAGUGGGGGUGACACUCUACAAGAUCUUGUGUGGUUUUUUACCCUUCAGAGCCGCACAUAGGGUCACCUCUAACAGCAGACUGCACUUCCCUAGAGAGCUUUCUACAGAGUGCCGUCAGUUGAUUAGCUGGUGUCUCAGUGCAGCGGUGGCAGACCGGCCCAGCUUAGAUGACAUUGAGUGCCAUCCCUGGUUACACUGA